AUGGGCUUCUCGUUUGGCGAUUUCGACUCGAUAUGCUCGUCGGCGGCGCUGAUAAUCUGCCCGUUGAUGGGCGCCUCGUCGCCGAGCAGCACGAGCCGCAUGGGCAUCCAGCCGAACUGCUAUGCGCGGAACGUCGAGCUCAACGGGGUCAUCCUCUUCCAGCCCGCCGUCCUCUUCAUCCACAUCAUCGCCCUCAUCAUGCUCCUCCUCAUGAUCCUCCACAUCCGCUCCAAAUAUACCGCCGUCGGCCGGAAGGAAAUCGUCCACUUCUUCUACUUCUAUGCCGUCGUCACCCUCUCCUCCUUCUUCCUCGACAGCGGACUCAUUCCCUCUAGCUCUAAAAUCUACCCCUAUUUUGCCGCAUUCGAGACCGGCAUGCUCUCGGCUACCUUCUGGUGUCUGCUAGUCAACGGUUUCGUCGGCUUCCAAUUUGCCGAAGACGGCACACCCCUAAGCCUAUGGUCGCUACGAGGGAGCUGUUUGGCGGUGUUCAGUCUGACGUUUUUCAUUGCGAUAGCGACGUUCAACUCGCUGGCCUCCUUCUCGCCCUCCCAGCCAACGGCGCUGUGGAUCAUCAUGUACAUCUUCAACGGGGCCUGUGUAGCCAUCUACGUGAUCCUCCAGCUCUUGCUCGUCGUCCGCACCCUCGACGACCGCUGGCCAAUCGGCGACAUCCUCUUCGGCCUCGGCUUCUUCGUUGUUGGUCUCGUGCUCAUCUACGGCUUCAGUCUCACCAUCUGCUCGGCCAUCACCCACUACGUCGACGGCCUGUUCUUCUCCCAGCUCUGCUUCCUCCUCGCCGUCAUGAUGGUCUACAAAUAUUGGGACUCGAUUACGAAGGAAGAUCUCGAGUUCUCCGUGGGUUCGAAACAAGCCGUGUGGGAGAUCAGCUCCAAGGAAGCCCUUCUCUCGGGCAUGGGCAGUCAAGCAGGGGGGGCAGGCAGCCAAGCCGCCCCGGAAGACAGCGACUACUAUCUUCAUCCGGGCUCCGGGCAGAUGUCGCCCACCAACUCCCAAUCGCUACCCAACCCUAAUCCCGGCUUCUCCCACCAUGGCGGAUACCCACCGCAAGGCGUCGGCGCCCAGAAAUUCUCCGCUUAUUGA